AUGCCCGGAAAGUCAACUUUACAACCUGCAGUGGCAUUCCCAACGUACAGUGAGAAUGACUCUUCGCGACUUAUGGAGAUGCGUCUAAUGUAUCAUUGCACAGCUGUGACAUGCGGAAUGGCAACCAUAAUUGAGGACAGAGAAUGGCGCAUUUGGUCUAUGGAUGUACCGUCGCUCGCUUUCCUGGGCGGCCCAUCGAACCCUCUCAUCGACCUCCUCCUGGCUACUUCUGCGUCUCAUCUAGGAUCGCUCAACCCCAACGACCCAUCCUUAAGACUCGCUUCCUCUUAUUAUCUUUGCUUGGGGCUUGAGAAGUUUAACAAUAUGCUGCUUCAGGCGAACGAGGAAAAUUCUCCCAUACUAUUCAUAUCUAGUGUACUGGUUGCGCUGAGCGUGCUGCACUCACGCCAAGAACAGAGAUUUGACGCUCAGUUUUCAGUUCCGACUGACUGGUUUCGGGCUUUGCAAGGCGUCGGGAGCGUCGCGUCUAUCACACGAGCAUGGAUUCAAAAUUCGAGAUUUGAGCCACUGCUCUUGGCAAAAAAGAGUUCAUUGCCUUGUGGGGCUAUAAGAACAAACUUCUUAUUCGCAGAGCUGUUAUCAGGAUUAGAUAACGAUUCCAUAGAUCCGAAGGAAAUCGCUACAUACGAGCUUGCAGUGGGCCACCUCGGCUGGUCAUAUGGGUGCUAUAUUGCAGGAGAACAAAAGUCUACUGUGCGGAGGAAAAUUAUAAGUUUCCCAGCCGUCGUCCCCGCAAAAUUUAUUGAGCUCCUAGAAGCUCGAGACCCACGGUCCUUGGCCAUCACAGCAUAUUUCUUUGGGUUAACUGUAAUUUUGGAUGAAGUAUGGUGGAUGCGAGGAGUUGCUAAAAGAGAAAUACUGGGCAUUAUGACCCUUGUACCUGAAGAAUGGAAGUGGGCGAUGGCAUGGCCGCUCCUACAGAUUGGCAGUGAUUUUGAGACCCAUGAAUAA